CGGCGGGGGGAAUCUUUUUGACUGGCAGAACUCAAGCACUUGGAGAGAGAGCUGAGGAGGAUUUUCUAACAACGUCCCUUGCAUGUUCAACGACUUUAACGUACGAGAGGAACGCGCCUUGUCCGUGAUUGCUUCUUUCUUUGGCUCGGGCCACUCCUCAUCCGAGGGUUCCUGCUUCAAUGGAUAUCAAAGUCAUCAUCAGAGCUCCCCAAGCAUUGAGAUGCUACUUUGUGUGAAAUCGCUCAGCUCUCAAGUCGAAUAUCCAGAGGAGCAGAUUACUAUUGAUAGUAGGAGCGCCAAAUAUGCUAAUCUGCCAUGUAUGUUCCAAAUCCCACGUGCAUUAGCGAUUCAGGAAUGGACCAUUCGUUGGACUAAAGUGGCUGACUCCUCUUUUGUCCUUGAUAUUGUGUUUGAUCCCUUUAAACGGCAAAGUAAGGAUACUAUGGGUCGGUAUUCAGUGUCUGUCGGAUUGGAUGAAUCCAACAACUCAAUGGGCGUCUCACGUUUGCGAAUCAACCAAGUCAAUCCUAACCAUUCGGGAACGUAUUCUUGUUCAAUUGGAAUGGGAACAAAAUCGUUUCAGAUCUUGAGGAACAUCAAAUUGAAGGUAAAAGACUCCCUCCCAAUGCACAAUCCUACGCCAAUGAUCCGAAGCAUCGAGGCCAAUGUAGGAUCCAGUUCAGUUUUAGAAUGUCAGGGACUGAAAAAUGUUGAGAGUGAUAUUUUGUGGACUGUCAAUGUUCCGCCUUUUCGGGUCACUAAAAAAUCUCCAGGAAUGGUUUUGUCUGCCAAUGGAACAACUUUGACGAUUCAGAACGCAUCGGAAGAACAUACCGGGAAUUACUCGUGCCAUGCAAUGGGCACCCCCUUCAAGACCCUUCAAACCAUAAACUUCAUCGUCAAACGAAGACAAUUCGACAAUAUUGAGAAAUAUGUGGAUAUAGUAGUUCCUAACGGACAGUAUGUCAUUUUCGAGUGCCCCAAACCCGCCAAUAAUGUAUCGGAAAUUGUUGGGACCGAAUGGUGGAAGAUUGGCGACUCCAAGCCAUUGGUCCAAUUUGACGACAUGAAUAGUAGAUCAGGCCCGUCAGUGCAACGAUCCUACGCCGAGCGAAUGCAAAGACUCGACCCCAUUCAUGGGUUUGCUGCUGGGUCCAUCAUUCUGAGGAAUGUGUUUUCCCUGGAUUCGGGGUCGUAUUUUUGUAAGCUCAAGGAUCGACAAGGCCAGGAUUUGUUCCAAGAAGAGAGUAAUGUAUUUAGGUUGUUGGUGUUCCCCAAAGAUGGCUUUGAAGAAGUUAGUCCGGUUCUGACCGUCACAACGGACCCAAACGAGCCCAUCAAGCUCAUUUGUAAGGUGCACAAAAUUUUGAAGAAUAGCGUGGAAGUGAAUUGGUUCAAAGGCACUUGUCCCAUCGUGACAGAUGAGCGACAUUCGAUUUCGCAAUCCGAGUUGCUAAUUCGUCCUGUACGUGCGUCUGAUAGCGGCCAAUACAUCUGCCAAGUCAAAGGAUUCCAGCCUGAAUUUCGCUUGAACCACAUCUUUAAAAUUCAAGUAUUAGUGCCCGAUGAGUUUGAUGAGGUAUCAAAUGACCAAGAAAUCCAAGAAGGUGACUUCCUCGACCUCAUUUGUCGACCCAAAGAGCUUAUAGGCGCCAAUGGCGUCUCUGUAUUGCCCACGGUGUCUUGGUGGAAGGAUGGGCAACCUCUUUUAGCCAAAUCAUUCGGCCGAAUCUCGAAGAGCCUUUUGGGACACAAAUUGUCCAUACGAGAUGUUAAUCAUCUGGACGGCGGGCACUAUCAAUGUGAAGCUUCAACAGGGUUUGAAGACACGAUCUCACAUUCAUUUCGUGUUCUAGUCUUCCAUUCGCCGAGAGUGUCUCCUCGUCAACCAGUAGCGCAAUUUCUCGUUAAAGAACAACCAGGACGUCUGACAUGUCUGAUUGAUGCAAAUCCGCCCACCUUCAAGGUCAGGUGGUAUAAGAAUGGCCGGAACGUUGUCCAACUUGAAGGCAAUCAGAUGUUCUUCCAAACACAAGACAACCGAUCCGACACCCUCCAUUGGGAUCAUGUUACCGAAGACGACCAAGGCUUUUACCGCUGCGAGGUAGAAAGCUCAGACGGGAUGACGGCUCAUUCAUCUGAAGUGUUCCAGGUGAUUCUCGUGGAACCCUCGUAUUUUGUCCAGAAGCCAGAUAUUAUCUACGAAGUCGAUCUUGCCAGUGAAUCGUCCUUGAAAGUUCCCUGCCGUGCCAUGGGCAUCCCUCGGCCGAAGUUAAGCCUAGAGACGUCCCGUUUGGAUGCUGUCAAGCAUUACAUCUUGGACGAAUCUUGGAUCGUAUUUUCGAACUUGACCCGAUUCCAUUCCGGUUUAUACUCCUGCAUAGCUGACAAUGGCGUGAUGAAGUUGAACUCGGAUUUUCUCAUUCGAAUGCGCGAUUCGCCUCCUCCACCGCCUGUAGUUUUGAGCGCAAAUUUUGAAACCAACCGUCAGAUGUUGUCAAUUGAGUGGAAAUCCGCGAUACCAAUGAUGGCUUCUUGCCUCGGACCUUCCACCGACGGACCACAUUUCAAAAUCAUGCACUUCCCCCCGAAGCCAGAGAGUGAAGCCACUCUAAAUAGCGAGACGCUUAUCAAGAACGUAACCUCGAUCACGGAAGCCCGGUUUCGAGCCAAUGUUGAAUUUCGUGGGAUGGACAUUGGACACUCCGUCGGGAUCAUGGAGCGAAACGCUUUUGGAUGGAGCGCACAGUCCCAGAUAAUGAAGGUGGACAUUCGUCAAAGCCCGACCAUUCCCAGUCCCACACUACGAACCACUCUUAAGCCUCUUCCGACUCGAAAAGAAGCUCGUCCUCGCCAGAGCUUUGGCCUCGCAGACUUGCAAGGCCUACUCCAAUCCAUUGAGGUCCAGAAAUUCAUCGCAUUUUUAGCGCAGGAAAUCGUCGACAUGGAAUACGAUGAUGAUCUAAGAUCUUGAGCAUAAAGAGUAUUCUUAGCUUAUAAAUAUGUUCUAGUCAAAUCGUGUCUAAUCGCAAACAGAAGAAUGAACAUGUCAACCCGAAAAUAAAUCCGUUCACCCUGUUGAAUUUAUUUCAAGGUAUCGAAUGAGCUUUUCACACAGGAAGGAGGCCAGCCAACGAACGAACAAGGGAAUGAAGGAACGGCAUGGUAAACUAAUGCCUGAGUCAC